AUGUGUUGGAAACGCACUCAUUUAGCAGCCAUUUACCAAGUACCAAGUCUAAGAACAAUUUCAAAUGCGUUUAUUUCUUCUCUUGGAUUUGCCGACUUCACAGUCGGUUUGUUUAUGAGUCCUUUGUGGGUUUCCAAGAGUCUUCUGAACGUCUGGAAAAGUGAUAAUCAGCUUUCCACUACAAUUGAAUUCCUUACAAUGCAGACCAUCGUGGCGUCUACGUUCAGCUUGUGUGCUGUUAGUGUGGAUCGCUAUGUCGCAGUAACCAAUAUUCGUUAUAUCGAGAUCUUGACGCGGUCUCGCGUCCGAGCUGUCAUCGUUUCCAUCUGGUUUUUCUCUGUUGUUUUCGCGUGUUUAAGACUGGUAAUAACCGAUCCAUUUAAAUUACCUCUCUACUGGAUUGCUGCAUCAACCAUCACUGUAAUGUUACCGAUCGUAAUCAUUUCCCUUUGUUAUUUUCACAUAUUCAAGGCGGUUCGCAUUCAAAUCAGACGAAUAGCAGUCAACGCAACGUUAAACCCAGACGAGACUUUAGUGCAACUUAAGAACCGUAAAGCAGCUUUAACUAUCGGAAUAGUUGUGGGUUUAUUUCUAAUUUGCUGGACUCCAAGUCUAGUCAUAUCCCUUUUGCAAUUCUUCAGUACUGAUUCUUGCAGGAAAAUGAAAAUAAACGGUUACUGA